CAUGCAAUGUCUAAACAAACACAUCUUUGCAUGAAUUGUAUCAUCAAAUAUUUUGAAUAACCAAAUUUACCUGAAUCGGUAGCUUAAUUUUACAAUUGCUGUGAAUAAUCAUCAAAUCAAUUAAUUUAUUUUUCUAAAGUAAUAAAUUGGGCCAAAAAAUACGUUUUUAAUUUUGUAAAUAAUUGUAAAUAAUGUGUCUAAUGACUUUUAAAACCUCUCGUUGGUUGACACAUUUCUCGGGAUUCGUGUUAUCCUCCAAAACCUUUGACUGUGGGCGGGACCUGUGAAAUCAACUGAACAUGAAAAAGUAUAAACUUUGCUCAGAAAACAGCAUCUCCGUGACGUGCUUGGCGACCAGCUGCAAGUAAAACUUUAUUUGGUGACCGAGAGAUUAUUAACUUUUUAAAGACGCUUACGGAGCCAGCAAAUGGUUCCAAGCCCACGUGAACUGGAAGGGCAUAAUCCACGGGGCGCCGCGACAGCAACCUGCCGGACAGCUCCGGGACGGACACCGGCGGUGACGGGAAAGUUUCGUUUCGCUUUCUUACUAAACUGUAGCGUCAAAGCUGCCUCGAUCAAUGUGCAUAUUCGCUUUUGAGUUUGCCUACGCUUCCACUACGUUAGGAGCCGGGUGAAAAGCAAUGUAAAAAGCAAAUUUCUUUUCAGGUAUUCCUAGAUUGGCAGCUUUUUUUUUUCUUGCUAUAAUAUUUUUUUACGAUAUACUGUACAUGGAUGAUGUAGAUAGCGCGUGAUGCAUCAAAGCUGCUUUACCACACCCAGAAGAACAAAAGUUAAACUUCGUGAAGAUGACUAGCAGCAAGAUCCGCGAUUCGGUCCAGGUUGGAAAUGGACUUCAGGCCGAUUUUCAAGAUCUUCGAAAUACGAAAGACCCACAGACUGAAGAACGGGACGAGGUUUCGUUGAUCAAUGGUAACGGAAGCGACUAUAGGGAAAGAGAUUAUGAUUCACAAAGAGGAGCCGCUGCUUCCAAAGGAUCCUUGGUCAUCCCAGAAAUUUCUUACCCUUCCGCACUCUCCAUACGGCUGUCUGCAGUACGAGGGUUCGACAGGCAGCCUGAUGAGGAACUGCAGGAAGUGCUCCGGGCAAAACUGUGUGACCUGGAGGCCGACAGUGGAGGGAUCAGAACCCUCUUCUCGGAACUUUCUGCCCAGUUGUUGUCCAUCAACAGUGAAGAGGACACCAUAUUUAUAACCUUCAAAUCCUUUGAAGAGCUAUGGAGAUUCCACACACAUUACACGAUGGGCUUCCUUGGCCACUGUAUGGAAAACCUACUUCUUGACCAAGAUUUCUGGCUGAGCUCCUUGGAGCAGGAAAAUGCUGGAAUAGAGGCUGUAGUCCAAGAAGAAAUGCUAAAUCUUUUGUACAAAGGGAUUCUUAUACAGGAAGGGUCAUUUUUUGGACGCUGUACUGCCAACCAGAUGUUUGACAGCUCCACAUCAGGCAGGGACCUGUACCUGGAGCAGGGUGACAUUGGCAUCUUCGAGCCACCUUUCAUGGGCUCUGACUGGACUGUACAGUCCCUAGUAGACGGAUCCAGGGGCACCAAGUGCAGACCAGCUGUGGAACCCAUCAUCCCGUUUCACCAAUGGUUCCUGAAAUCGUGCUGUGAACACAUCCUGGUCGGCCGUGGAAAAUUGACCUGUGACUUCCCCUGUCAGUUUGCCACAGGCUCCUGCGUGGCCACGCGGCAAUCGGAUGCCAGCAGCCCAGAUGAGCUGAGCUUUGAGCGUGGAGAUGUAAUCCAUGUGGUUGGUCUGCUGGUGUCCUGCCUCCAGUGGUUCCUGGGGAGACAUGAGGGGACAGGAAGCCUCGGGCUUGUGAGAUCCAGCUUUGUCAAGCCCGCCAGCUCCCUCCGUGAAUCUCCGGAAAUAUUUUUGGAAGACGAGGACGGGCUGCUGAAUGGCGUGACGCUGGAGCGCGUGAAAGCCGAAGCUUUAACGCAGCUGAGGGAGUCCUGCCGGAAUGACAUCGGCGCCAUCUACAGGCUGGAUCUGAUUGAAGUAUCUGAUUUUCUGAAAGGAAGUCCUCGAAAUCCAUCCUCUAAAGAAGACAUCGUUUUAGAACGUGAGGAACUCAGAACCAAAGUAGACAGGAUUCUGAAAGAACUGAGCACACUAGAAGCUGAUACUGCACCGGCCGAGGAGGUAGAGACUUCUCUGGAGGGUAAUGAUGAGGGAGACCAGGAAGCAGGAGGAGAAGGUGGCUCAGUGUGCUUCACCGUGUCUGUCACCGAGGACGGGCAUGACCCCGAAGGUGUCCAGCCACUGCUCGCCUUCCUGAACGUCAGAGAAUAUCAACCACAGUUUGCUGGCCUCUACCACUUCUCCCUGAAGUUUGUCUGCUCAUUAUUCCGGGGCCAUUCAGACGAGGAAGAGCUGGUGGCCUAUCUAGGCGCGGCCAGAGAAACGGCCCGCAAGAGGAGGCUCUUCUGGGCCCAGAGCCGGCUUUGCUUCCUCCUGGGCAAGCUCUGUGCCCGUAGGGUCAAACUCUCCCAGGCCCGUGUCUAUUUCGAGGAGGCGUUGGGCAUCACCAGGGAAGACUUUGCGGACUGGCACCUGUUGACCGCCAUCCACGCCAACCUGGCUGUCGUCUACCUCACGCAGAAGAACACAGAGAAGUAUGUCGACUCUUCGGAGCGAGUGGCCGCCCUGCGGAUGGGAGUCGGCGGGCACGUCUGCAGUACCGGGAGGGAGCCGGAGGUUCUGCGCUACGCCCUGAAGAAGGCCGUGCUGGCAGGGAGCAAGGCCGCCGAGGCCAGGGUCUGCUUCCUCCUGGCUAAGCUUCACUGCACGCUUGGGGAGAGCUGGAGCGCCGUGCCCUUUGUCGAGAGGCUCCAGGUCCUGAUGGAGGAACUGCCAGGGGCUGGUCAGCUUCCACCCAGCCAUGGUUACCUGGCGUUGGGCAGGCUGUACUCUGAAAGCGGCCUCCCGCACCUGGCUACCAGUUCCUUGAGACGGGCCUCGCUCCACCCGUCUGCCUCUCUGGAGACCCACCUGAGUGCCAUCAGCUUUGUUCUGGAGAAGCAGGGUGAGCGCAUCCCUCCACAGGCGGCACCCUACCUGCGGAGGGCGCUGGCGCUCACGGAAAACACGGCGGAGCGAUCCCUUCGCCAGGCUGCUUCCAUGUGCCUGUCCUACCUGCUGCAGGGGCAGCGUCUCCUGGACGAUGCCCUCCGCUGCAUGGGCACCCUGUUAGACAGCGGACUGAGCAAAACCCCUGUGGAUGCCACGGAUGCGCUUCUGUUUCUGGCGUGGCUGCACAUCCGCAACCGGCAGCCGCUGCACGCCCUGCAUGUGCUGGAAGGUCUCCUGGACAUCCAGCAGAUUCAGGGCGUCGUCCAGAACAUGCGCGCCAUAGCGCUCCGUCACACGGGUGACGCCAAGCGGGCCGCCGCCAGCUACCGCUCCGCGUUGGACGCCUGCGAGGAGAUUGGCUCCCUGCGGAACUUGGCCGUGGCACUGGCCAAUCGCGGGCUCCUGUACUGGCACGUGGGGGCGGAGACUCUGGGCGAGGCCAGCCUGCUUCAUGCAGUGGAGACGUUCUCUCAGUUGAAGGAUGAAGGCCACGAAGAGGACUUCUUCUGCGUGCUCCUGGAGCUCGGCCGCUUUUACGUGAGCCGGGGGCAGCUGGAACUGGAGAAAGGGAAGCUGUACUACGAGUGGGCACUUCUUACUGCCAUCAACUCUGGCAACCUGCACUGCCAGCUCCAGGCGUGCCGCUGCCUGUGCCACUUCUACCACACGCUGUGCCCUGAUGCCGCCCAGAGCAUCAUCUACAAUGAGCGCCAGCUGGUCCUGCUGCGUCGCAUGGGCCACCGGAGCCACGAGGGUGACAUCCUGGAAACCAUCAGCGAGCUUUACAUGGGCUUGGGCACAGACAGGGCCUACCGAGCCGCCCUGGAGCACACCAAAUGCAGCCUGGGCCUCUUUAUCGACCUGCACAGGAAGGAGAAGGAGGCUUUUGCCUGGCUGAAGGCAGGAAAGAUCUACCACAUCCUGGGGCAAGACGAAUUGGUGGACCUCUACCUACAGGUAGCCCAGGACUCCGGUCUAAGCACAGGGAACACAGCCUUCCUUCUGGGGCUGCUGGAGGUUGCGGGGGACUUGUUCUUCAACAGCUCACGGGACAGAGACAAGGCUCUGUCUUUCUACAGGGACCGGGCCCUGCCCAUUGCGAUCCGGACGGGCGACACUCCAUCCCAGCUGCGCCUCUGCAACAAGCUGACAGAACUGCUGAUGCACAUGCAGCUGCACAGGGAUGCAGUGGAGUUUGCCCAGGCCUCACUGGACCUUAGCAUCACCUUAGGAGAGCAUCUGAAUGAACGCGUGGCUUUCCAUAGACUCGGUACACUGUAUCAUCAACUGGGCCAGUUGGAACUAGCCGAACACUACUACCUGAAAGCCCUGUCACUCUGCCCGUCACCCCUGCAGUUCGAGGAGGAGACCCUGUACUACGUCAGGGUUUACCUCACGCUUGGGGACAUCAUCUUCUAUGACCUCAAGGACCCCUACGAUGCAGCUGGGUAUUACCACCUGGCCCUGGCUGCUGCCAUGGACUUGGGGAACAAAAGAGCCCAGCUGAAGCUUUGCACACGCCUGGCCACCAUCUACCACAACUUCCUGGUGGACCGCGAGCUCUCGCUCUUCUUCUACCAGAGGGCGCGAGGCUUCGCCACCGAACUUAACGUGCGGCGGAUCAACCUGUCGCCCGAGCAGCACUUCUGCAGCACGUCGCGGUACAAGACCGGCGCCACCUAGCGGCGGCAAUGGCGCCACAGUCAGCACGCUGCAUUGGUCCUAUUGUGGCGUAACAAUGUGACUCUUUAUCUGUGGGUCAUCAUAAUACGCUGAAAAAUCCAGCAAUGUGAAAUCCUAUCAUUAUUUCAUACUAUUUUGUUUGAUCUGACAUCACAUAUAUGAACUGCAGCAGGAGUAUGUAAUUACAAACAAUUUAUCUAUCAGCAGUCAGGUUUACGGUUUCUUUUUUGUGUUUUUGCAAUUGUGGAAUAAUUGCUGUCUAUAUAGACGCAUGCGGCUGUGUAAUUCAUGUCUUCGUCUCUGAUAUUUAGCUUAAAACAAGGCAGAAUAUCGGGAACUUAAUAUAAGGUGUCUUUAAAUGUUUCCAGGUCUAAAAAUAAGUAAAGUAAAACAGUAAUCUAUACUUAGUGGCUUUGUAUAAGAAAGUCUGCUACGAAACGAAGCGUACGUACAGUAGUGGAGACCCAGUGACGGUACGCUAAACCCAUGGGCUUUUACUGAGAUUCAGUAUGUAUAGGAACUGGAACAGGAAGGAUAUGUUUCUUCUGCCUCUUCUAGGAAGAAGACUAUUCUCUCCAUCCAGUUUACAUCGAAGAAUCCUUUAUUUACAGUAUAGUGCCGUGCAACAGUUCAACCCAGACGGAUAGUAAUGUGAUCCCCACAUAUGGGAAUAUAAUUUAUAUACGUAGACUUACCGAAAGAAGCCUAUCCACAUCAUUAUUAUUAUUAUUUGCAGACGACAAACUGAAAAUGAACACUAGGCUGUGCUACAAAAUAUGCUAGCGCGUUGUGGAAAUUUCCUUCCAUUCACUCAGAAAGAAACAUCUAAGGCGAGCAGCCAAAUUUACACGUUGCGUCGUCUCUACGAAAAAGGUGUUAUCCCGUUUAGAGAAAUGCACUUUGUAUUGGAAAACAUUAUUUUUUAACAAAUAAAGCCGUUUAAUAUUUUCAAAAUCUUUGUUAGCCCACACUAAAGCUUAAUUUACAUUGAUUUAUUUAGCAGGCGAUUUUACCCAAAGUGACGCACGAGUGAGGCAGAUAGAAGCAGAAGCAUCUUUGGUUCCAAGUUUUGACAAAUUUCCGAAAGUGCUUUAAAACUUUCGUUAAUUGAAAAAUAAAUGCCGUGGAUAUCGUAGUUAAUAGUAUAUAAUUGAGGCACCGAGGCGGCAUGAGAGACGGCUUUUGUUGGGCUCUCUCCUCCCCCGAGCCGGACGGUGCGCCAGCCCCCCGGGUGACAGCGGGACAAAACUGCACUUCUCUUCCACACAAACUGAUUCACUUCGUUCUUAAGCAUCGAAAACAAUGUAGCGUUUUAUAAUCAGUUUGCUCUAACUAACAACUUUGUGUUUUUUUAAAAUUACUCUUUCGGACGAGCUGCUGUUCAUCACCUCUGCAGGUUGUAUUUUGCUUAUUGUCCUUGGGAGAUGCGAUGUGAAAUACAGUACUGCUUUCCUCCAUUACUUUGAAAAGUUAACGUGUAAAAACAGCGGAUUUGGACGAUGCAAGCGGAGUAAGGAUUUACCUACACUGGGAAUUAAAAGGCUUUCUUUAAA